AUGAAAGAGUCCCUCAAAGCGAUCAAGAUAGACGGCGUUAUCUCCAUGGUCGGUUUUGUCGCAAGCUCCUCAGCUCUUGACCAGCCAUCCCUCGUCGACACUCUAUUGAACGUUUGUACUGUCCGAGGUAUUGGUGUGGGGUCCAGACAACAGUUUGAAGAGACGAACCGUGCCGUUGAGGCAAAUAAAAUUCACCCCGUCGUGGACAACCGCAUCUCCAAAUUUGGAGAGGUCCGUGAAGCUUAUCAGUAUCUAUCUGACCAGAAACAUGUCGGCAAAGUUUGCAUUGAAAUCCAAGUCUAA